AUGGAGGAUUGUGACUUGUCCCAGCUCGACGACCUAACGGAGGAGUCAAUUUUACAGGCAGUUAAAAAUAGAUAUGAAAAGGAUCAAAUUUACACAAAUGUUGGUGACAUUUUGAUAGCCGUCAACCCUUACAAGGAACUGCCGUUGUACGACAAAAAGAAUCAUGAAGAAUAUGGAUGGUGGGACUUCAAGGCAGGUUUGCCUCCGCAUGUCUUUCAAGUGGCAGCAAGAGCGUAUAGCAGGAUGCGUCAAAACCAGUCAAACCAAAUUAUCCUGGUCUGUGGUGAAUCUGGUUCAGGAAAAACGGAGAGUACAAAGUAUAUGGUGCAGCACUUCAUGCACAUGUGCCCAGAGGAGUCUGGUGACCUUCAUGACAGAAUUAUCAAGGUGAAUCCCCUGUUAGAAAGCUUUGGGAAUGCCAAAACAAUAAUGAAUGACAACUCCAGUAGAUUUGCCAAAUUUCUGGAGUUGAGUUUCAGAGGAGAUGGACAAGUGAUAGGGGCAAUGAUCAAAGACUACAUGUUGGAGAAAUGCCGUGUAGUUGGGAGAAAUCAGGAUUGCGGAGAAGGAAAUUUCCACAUUUUCUAUGGAAUGCUUGCUGGGAUGCCACAGGAAGAGAAGCAAGCUCUGUUCCUUCAGAAGCCUGAAACAUACAAGUAA